GUAUUGUGUUUGACUGCCAUUGAGUUGAUAUUGAAUUAAAUCAAUUGUAUAUCAAAUCAAUCGAUUGAUUAAAUAAAUUGUAUUUAAAAAUACAUUUAAUAUUAAUUUUUUUAAGAAAUUGAAUUAAAUUUGAGACCAAAAUGUAUUGUUUGUCCUCUAAAUUGAUUACAACAUCGACUCCCGUAGUCUUCGGUGUCCAAACCCGAGGAAUGGCUACACUUAAAGACAUUAGAGUACGGCUAAAGUCAGUGACAAACAUCCAAAAGAUAACCCAAUCAAUGAAGAUGGUGUCUGCGGCUAAAUAUGCGCGGGCAGAGCGUGACCUCAAAUCGGCCAGAAGUUAUGGACACGGAGCUCAAGCAUUUUAUGAGAAGACAGACUUAGUUAAAGCAGAAGAGGCCCCAAAAGUCGGUACUCUUUUAAUAGCAAUGACCUCUGAUCGUGGCCUCUGCGGUGGUGUUCACUCAGCAGUUGCCAAAAAAAUUCGAGCCGUAAUGAAGACCGACGAAAACGCGGCUAAUAUUAAAAUUGUUUGUAUCGGAGAAAAGUCUAAAGCAAUGCUCGCAAGACAAUUUCCAAACAAUAUCCUUAUGAUGUUCAAUGAUAUCGGCAAAAGACCGCCACAAUUCACUGAUGCGACAAUUGUGGCCAACGCUAUACUCGAAAGUGGACUUCAAUUCAAUGAAGGCAUACUAAUCUAUAAUAAAUUCAAAUCUGUUGUCUCAUACAUAACAACCGAAAUGCCUGUCUUCAGUCUGUCAGCACUCAGUGGUUCACCAAAACUCAAUGUUUACGAUAGUCUUGACGAUGAAGUACUCAAAUCAUAUUAUGAGUACUCAUUGGCAUCUCUUAUAUUUUAUGCAAUGAAGGAAAACGCUUGCAGUGAACAGUCAGCUCGUAUGACUGCUAUGGACAAUGCCAGCAAAAAUGCCGGUGAAAUGAUAUCUAAACUGACCCUUCAAUUUAAUCGCACGCGACAGUCCGUUAUUACACGAGAGCUCAUUGAGAUUAUAUCGGGUGCGGCCGCACUUUAAUCUCAAAUAAGUUGGUUUAGGAUUGAUAUUAUUGUCUGUCAUUACAAAAAUGAAUAAUGUCAACAUUUUGUUUUAAUUACAAAAUUAUUGUUAGAUUUAAAAAUUAAAAAUUAAUAAAAAGAUAAUUGAAUUGGGAUAUUUAUAUUUUACCGUAAUUAUAACUGGUAGUACCGUACUUACGGUAAUUUAAUAAAAUAUUUAUU